AUAGAAGCAGCUUUUCCAGAGGCGAAACAGAACAAGCUAAUUAAACAUCACACAUAUUUAAUUAUCACGUCAGAAAAGGAUAUUUUUCUCACGAAACAUCACAAUAUACGUAACUCGUAUAAAAUGCUUAAAGGAGUGUUAACGUUGUGGUGGACGUCAUUAAGAGCGUUUAUCGCCUAACGUGAACGCGAGCUACUAUUUAAUUCAGGUAAUUGGAAAUAAAUCGUCGAAGAAAAUGGGUGAAGUUGAGGAAACUCUCCAGAGAAUUGAAGCCCAAGGAAGUGUGCUAGGAACAAUAGUAGUUAAUGCAGACGGCAUUCCCAUCCGAUCAACAUUUGACAUUUCAAAAGCUGGAAAGUAUGUGGAACUUCUUCGCCACCUCACCGCACUGGCCAAAGGUACAGUGCGGGACAUUGACCCAGAGGAUGAACUCGUAGUUCUCCGCAUCAGCACUAAGAAUCAAGAGAUCAUGGUUGGACCAGAGAAUGGCUAUCUUCUGAUACUCAUCCAGAGAUAUGAGAGAUACUCGAGAGCAUGAGAGGCAGAUAUUGUCCUUGCAAUUGUGUAAAGUUGCUUAAUAUGAAAGCUAAAAUAAAAGAAUAAGAAUAUAAGUGUAGAUCCUUCUUUAACAUUAAA